CACAAAAACAACAAAAUGUCGCAGCCCCAGAUCCCCCAGUUCGACGCCGCGACCCAGGCCGAGCUCCGCGACUUCAUCGAGCAGGAGCAGACCAAGGCCAAGAUCCAGGCCUCGGUCCACGAGCUCACUGACAGGUGUUGGAAGACCUGCAUCACCGGCGGCAUCAGCUCCAAGUUCUCCAAGUCCGAAGCUUCGUGCCUCGAGAACUGCGUCGACCGCUUCCUCGACACGUCGUUCUACAUCGUCAAGCAGAUCGAGCAGCAGCAGCACCACUAGGCCGAGUCCAGUCCAUCAUGUAUUGCAUCGCUCCGG